AUGUACAAGGUAUUGGAGCGCAUUAUCCUGGAUCGACUCAUUAAACGUCGCGAAGAAACAACGCGCGACGAGCAAGCUGGCUUUCGUCCUAGCCGAUCUACGACUGACCAGGUGUUCAUCGUCAGGAGAGUGAUCGAAAUCUGGCAGCGGUAUUCGAAGCCAAUGCAACUAGCGUUUCUAGACUUUGAAGCCGCGUUCGACUCUCCUCCUCACCGAGGCCGUCUUCUCAACGCGCUCCGCGCCGAUGGAGAACCAGGAAAGUUCGUUCGCUUGCUUGAUGACAUGAAUCAACGAACAACUGCUGCAGUUCGAACACCAGCCGGAUGUACAACACCGUUUGAAGUGGUAACUGGAGUAAGACAAGGGGCAGUGGCAGGACCUUUCCUGUUCAACUUCGCAAUCGACGACAUUAUGCGAAGAACAGUCGACCAGUGUCCUGUCGACAUUGUCUUGGCACCAUCAGGGUACCCUUGGACUGACCUCGAGUACGCCAACGAUGUUGCUAUAUUUGCGGAAAAAAGUACGAAACUUCAACAUGUUGUCAACUUUGCAUCGAAGCUGGCUGCAGCCUAUGGACUACGCCUACGCCCUGAUAAAUGCAAGCAGAUGUGGAUCUCUUCGAGACCACCAACGAGAAUCAGGGUGGACGGACAACCGAUAGAACUCGUCGAUGAGUUCUGUUACCUAGGCUGUACGCUGAAGAACAAUGGCAGCUACGAGAGAGAUGUUCAGCAAAGAUGCGCUAAGGCCACUUCUGCAUUUAACUCCUUAACGAAAUGCCUGUGGUCGCCCCUCAUCACCCACGAAGUCAAGCUGCGAGUCUAA